GACGUCGUUUCCUCCCUCCAACAUGGCGCAGGAGGCAGGUCGUUAACGGCGUUCCGAGGGAUUUACCCCACCUUCUGUGUUUAUUUAUGUUUGUGUGCUGAGGGGCUCUGCGGCUGACAUUUCUGAAGGAAUACAUCUCCAUUCGAGGCGGCUCCAGCCCCCCCUCACCCCUCUCUCUCCCCCCCAUUCCCCCGCCGCUACCGGGACCAGGCACACCUCGCUUCCUUUUAAAAAAAAAAAAAAAAAAAAAAAAAAAUUCCGGUGCGACAUGUUUGAGGGCAAAAAGACGAAAAACAUGUUCCUGACGCGCGCUCUGGAGAAGAUCCUGGCCGACAAGGAGGUGAAGAAGGCUCACCACUCACAGCUGCGCAAAGCCUGCGAGGUGGCGCUGGAGGAAAUCAAGGAAGAAUCAGAAAAGUUGAGUCCGCCCAGUGGGGACAGCAAAUCGGGUUCCAGCACGUUACCGCCAAUCAAAUCAAAAACCAACUUCAUUGAAGCCGACAAGUACUUCUUGCCGUUUGAGCUGGCAUGUCAGUCCAAAUGUCCCCGCAUCGUCAUCACCUCUCUCGACUGUUUACAGAAGCUGAUAGCGUAUGGCCACCUGACAGGCAGCGCCCCGGACAGCACGGCUCCGGGCAAGAAGCUCAUCGACAGGAUCAUCGAGACCAUCUGCGCUUGUUUCCAGGGACCGCAGACUGACGAAGGCGUGCAGCUACAGAUUAUUAAGGCCCUGUUGACAGCGGUGACCUCUCAGCACAUCGAGAUUCACGAGGGCACCGUGCUGCAAGCCGUCCGCACGUGUUAUAACAUCUACCUGGCCAGCAAGAACCUCAUCAACCAGACCACCGCCAAGGCCACGCUCACGCAGAUGCUCAACGUCAUCUUCGCCCGCAUGGAAAAUCAAGCACUUACAAAUCACAAGCUAUCUUGGUCUCUGGCCUCCAGAAAGCGUGACCGCCAGUUGCAGGAAGCGAAGCAGCAGGAGCGCGAGCGGCACCGGCAGCACACGGAGCCCGACUCCCCACAGCUGCACACCGACGCGCACCCGCCGACCAAGGGGCUUCCCCAGGAGGCCAACGGGCCCGUCACCCCGCCCACCCCCAGCAUCACCAUCCCGUCCACGCCGUCCACGCCCUCCACGCCGGCCACCGAGCCCGGCAGCAGGUGUGUGUCCGGCGAGCGGGAGGAGCCGGGGCCCCUCUACGAGAACCCCGACCCGGAGAACGGCUCGGACUUCUGCGUGGGCGAGAACGAGCAGACCGAAGCAGACCAGGCCACCGCGGCGGCACAAAAUGCAGCAGCUCAGCACCGUGCAGAGGGGAUUGAGGAGGAGGAGGAGGAAGAGGCGGAGACCCCGAACUACGAGGAGAAAGCCCAGGAAAUAGUCCAGAGCAUUCUGCAGGAGGUGGUCAAUACUGUCGCCGGAGGUCACUGCCUGGACCCCGCAAACCUCUGCUCCGACACCAAGGAGUCGGGCGGCGAGGGCGAGCAGGUGGAGUCGGAGCCGGCGGAGGCGGCGACGGAGGGCACACAGAGCUCCCUGGAGGACGAGGGCACCCUGGGGAGCGACAGCGAGCACGUCCACGCCAACGGCAUCCCCGGCACGCCCAUCUCUGCCAGCUUCACUCCCUCGCUGCCUGACGACAGGCUGUCCGUCUCGUCCAAUGACACUCAGGAAUCCGGAGCCGCACCGGGUCAGCCGCCGGGUGCCAAAUUCUCCCACAUCCUCCAGAAAGAUGCCUUUCUUGUAUUUCGCUCACUCUGCAAGCUGUCGAUGAAGCCGCUGUCAGAUGGGCCACCAGAUCCAAAGUCCCACGAGCUGCGAUCGAAGGUCUUGUCCCUCCAGCUGCUGCUGUCAAUCCUGCAGAACGCGGGGCCCAUCUUCAAGACCAACGAGAUGUUCAUCAACGCCAUCAAGCAGUACCUGUGCGUCGCCCUGUCCAAGAACGGCGUCUCCUCCGUGCCUGAGGUCUUCGAACUGUCGCUCUCCAUCUUCCUCACCCUGCUGUCCCACUUCAAGACGCACCUCAAGAUGCAAAUCGAGGUGUUUUUCAAAGAGAUUUUCCUGUAUAUUCUUGAAACCUCCACAAGUUCCUAUGACCACAAGUGGAUGGUCAUUCAGACCCUCACCAGAAUAUGUGCAGAUGCCCAGAGUGUUGUGGACAUCUACGUGAACUAUGAUUGUGACUUGAAUGCUGCUAACAUAUUUGAGCGGUUGGUCAACGACCUCUCUAAAAUUGCACAGGGUCGUGCCGGACAUGAGCUCGGCACCACACCCCUGCAGGAGCUGACUCUGAGAAAGAAAGGCCUUGAAUGUCUGGUGUCCAUCCUGAAGUGUAUGGUGGAAUGGAGCAAAGACCAAUACGUCAACCCCAAUUCCCAGACCAGCCUCGGCCAAGAGAAACCGUCAGAGCAGGAGAGCACAGAGACCAAGGCCCCGGAGACCAUAAACCGCUACGGGAGCAUUAACUCCCUGGACUCCACGGCCUCAUCGGGCAUCGGAAGCUACAGCACACAGAUGUCGGGCACCGACAACCCGGAGCAGUUUGAAGUCCUGAAACAGCAGAAGGAGAUCAUUGAGCAAGGCAUCGAUCUGUUCAACAAGAAACCAAAGAGAGGAAUCCAGUACCUUCAAGAGCAAGGCAUGCUGGGUACAACCCCGGAGGAUCUGGCUCAGUUCCUGCACCAGGAGGAGAGGCUUGAUUCAACUCAAGUGGGAGAAUUCCUCGGGGACAACGACCGGUUUAAUAAAGAGGUGAUGUACGCCUACGUGGAUCAGAUGGACUUCCAGGGCAAGGACUUUGUGUCUGCGCUGAGGAUGUUCCUGGAGGGCUUCCGGCUCCCCGGAGAGGCCCAGAAGAUAGAUCGGCUCAUGGAGAAAUUUGCCGCGAGAUAUCUGGAAUGCAAUCAGGGGCAAACCCUCUUCGCCAGCGCCGACACUGCGUACGUCCUCGCCUACUCCAUCAUCAUGCUGACGACGGACCUUCAUAGUCCGCAGGUGAAGAAUAAAAUGACGAAAGAGCAAUAUAUCAAAAUGAACCGCGGCAUCAAUGACAGCAAGGACCUGCCCGAGGAAUACCUGUCAGCCAUCUACGACGAGAUCGCAGGGAAGAAGAUCGCCAUGAAGGAGACGAAGGAGCUCACCAUGAAAUCAAACAAGCAAAGCGUGGCCAGCGAGAAGCAGCGGCGUCUGCUUUACAACGUGGAGAUGGAGCAGAUGGCCAAGACGGCCAAAGCUCUGAUGGAGGCCGUCAGCCACGUUCAGGCCCCCUUCACCAGCGCCACACACCUGGAGCACGUCAGGCCCAUGUUCAAGCUGGCCUGGACGCCCUUCCUGGCCGCCUUCAGCGUGGGUCUGCAGGACUGUGACGACACUGAAGUGGCCUCGCUGUGCCUUGAGGGAAUCCGCUGCGCCAUCAGGAUAGCGUGCAUCUUCUCCAUCCAGUUGGAGAGGGAUGCGUACGUGCAGGCCCUGGCAAGAUUCACCCUGCUGACGGCCAGCUCUGGCAUUGCAGAAAUGAAGCAGAAGAACAUCGACACCAUCAAGACCCUCAUCACUGUGGCCCACACUGACGGAAACUACCUGGGCAACUCCUGGCACGAGAUCAUGAAGUGCAUCAGUCAGUUGGAGCUGGCUCAGCUGAUCGGCACGGGGGUGAAGGCGCGCUACAUCUCAGGGACGGUGCGGGGCAAGGAGGGCUUCGUUGCCAGCACGAAGGAGCAGAGCAACGACGAGUACUUGGGUUUAGUUGGAGGGACGGUGGACCGUAAGCAGAUCGCCAGCAUUCAGGAGUCCAUCGGCGAGACCAGCUCUCAGAGCGUGGUGGUGGCGGUGGACAGAAUCUUCACUGGUUCCACCAGGCUGGACGGUAAUGCAAUAGUCGAUUUCGUACGCUGGCUGUGCACCGUGUCCAUGGAUGAGCUGGCCUCGCCCACGCACCCACGUAUGUUCAGCCUGCAGAAGAUUGUGGAGAUCUCCUACUACAACAUGGGCCGCAUCCGGCUGCAGUGGUCCAGGAUCUGGGAAGUGAUCGGAGACCACUUCAACAAGGUCGGCUGUAACUCAAACGAAGACGUGGCCAUUUUCGCCGUGGACUCCCUCAGACAGCUGUCCAUGAAGUUUCUGGAGAAGGGGGAGCUGGCCAACUUCAGGUUUCAGAAAGACUUCCUGCGGCCGUUCGAGCACAUCAUGAAGAAGAACAGGUCUCCCACCAUCAGGGACAUGGUGGUGCGCUGCAUAGCCCAGAUGGUGAACUCGCAGGCGGCCAACAUCCGAUCCGGCUGGAAGAACAUCUUCUCCGUCUUCCACCUGGCCGCCUCCGACCAGGACGAGAGCAUCGUGGAGCUGGCCUUCCAGACCACGGGCCACAUCGUCACGAAUGUAUUCGAGAAGCACUCAGCCACAAUCGACUCCUUCCAGGACGCCGUCAAGUGUUUGUCGGAGUUCGCCUGCAACGCCUCUUCCCGGACAACCAGCAUGGAAGCCAUCCGCCUCAUCCGGCACUGCGCCAAAUACGUCUCGGAGAGGCCGCAGGCCUUCAAAGACUACACCAGUGACGACAUGAAUGUAGCGCCGGAGGACCGGGUGUGGGUGCGGGGGUGGUUCCCCAUCCUGUUUGAGCUCUCCUGCAUCAUCAACAGGUGUAAACUGGAUGUCAGGACCAGGGGGCUGACGGUGAUGUUCGAGGUGAUGAAAACCUACGGGCACACCUUCGAGAAGCACUGGUGGCAGGACCUGUUCAGAUCGUCUUCAGGAUCUUCGACAAACAUGAAGCUGCCGGAGCAGCAGACCGAAAAAGCAGAGUGGAUGACCACCACCUGCAACCACGCACUUUACGCCAUCUGCGACGUGUUCACGCAGUACUUCGAGUCGCUCAACGGCGUCCUGCUGGACGACAUCCUGGCUCAGCUCUACUGGUGUGUGCAGCAAGAUAACGAGCAGCUCGCCCGCUCGGGCACCAACUGCCUGGAGAACGUGGUCAUCCUGAACGGAGAGAAGUUCUCCCCGGAGACCUGGGACAAGACGUGCAACUGCAUGCUGGACAUCUUCAAGACGACCAUCCCGCACGCGCUUUUAACGUGGAGACCUGCAGGAGCAGAGGGAGAAAACCUGACGACACAGAGCCUGUCCGACAAGCAGCUGGACUCCAUUUCCCAGAAGUCAGUGGACAUCCAGUCGCGCUCCGACGACCAGAACUCCAUCAGCAGCGGCGACCGGGUGGCGUUGGAGGCCCGCCGGCAGAGUCAGUACAGCAUGGCUUCCGGAGCGACGGAGGACGGGUCCAGAGGCCGCGUGCCGACGAAGCUGCAGGAGCAGCGCUUGUUCUCGGCCCUGCUGAUAAAGUGCGUGGUGCAGCUGGAGCUCAUCCAGACCAUCGACAACAUCGUGUUUUUUCCCGCCACCAGUAAGAAGGAGGACGCCGAGAACUUCGCGGCGGCUCAGCGGGACGGAGUGUGUGCGGCGGACGUCCCGGUGGAGACCCAGGACCAGGGCAUGUAUCGCUACCUGACCUCCGAGCAGCUCUUCAAGCUGCUGGACUGCCUGCUGGAGUCGCACCGCUUCGCCAAAGCCUUCAACUCCAACAACGAGCAGAGGACCUUGCUGUGGAAGGCAGGAUUUAAAGGGAAGUCGAAGCCCAACCUGCUGAAGCAGGAGACCAGCAGCCUGGCGUGCGGCCUGCGGAUCCUCUUCCGGAUGUACACCGACGAGAGCCGGCAGGACGCCUGGGAGGAGGUGCAGAGACGACUGCUCAAUGUGUGCAGCGAGGCCGUAGCGUACUUCCUGGCUCUGACGUCAGAAAGCCACAGAGAAGCCUGGACCAACCUGCUGCUCCUCUUCCUCACCAAGGUGCUGAAGAUCAGCGACGAGAGGUUCAAGGCCCACGCGUCCCGGUACUACCUGCUGUGCGAGAUCAUGCAGUUCGACCUGAUCCCCGAGCUGCGGGCCGUCCUCAGGAAGUUCUACCUGCGGAUCGGCCUCGUCUUUCACAUCGCGCAGCUGCCCGAGCCGCCGGCGGCCGACGCCCCACCCCGCCGGCCGGCGCCCGCCCAGCCGGAGACGGACACGGAGGUGGGGGAGGAGGCCGGCGAGGAGGCGCAGUGACGCCGCGCGACCGCAUCUGUCAGCACCCCACCUGCAUCCUUAACCCUGUCACCACACACACACACACAUACACACACACACACACACACACACACACACACACGGAGUACUGGAUCCCGUCUCGUUCCAGGUGUAGCGACGCCUCUACUGGAUAAAACUACUGAUAAAUCGGUCAGUUACCCAUAUCUGUGAUCCGCUCAGAAGGAGUAUAUUUAAGAAAAAAAAAAGAAAACAAACAGGUGUGCUUCUUACUGUGUAUUUAAAAAAGUGAAGAACGGUUUCAACGACCUGCAAAAAA